AUUUCCUACUCUCUACUUUCCUAUAUAUAUUGAACUCUUUCAACCCCCACUCUAUUCAAUCCUCUCCUUGGCAACCACUUCUCCUAUUUGGAAAUUUCUCCUUCUUGUUCUUCUUCAUAUUUAUAUUUAUCUGCUAAUUACUAUCUGGAGGAACCUCGAAAGGCCGGUAUGGCUAAUUCGCUGAUCAACUUCUCCAACGAGAUUGCAGUAAAGAUCAGUGAUGAAGAUGCACAAGCUGAGAACAGAAACUGCAAUAAGAAUGGACUGGAGGCGACCAACCCAAGGAUGGAUUCCCGUAUUAAAAAGGGCACAGGAGGAUGGAAAUAUGCAACUUUCGUGCUAGCAAAUCAAGGCCUAGCAACACUAUCUUUCUUCGGCGUUGCUGUGAACUUGGUUUUGUUCUUAACCAGAGUUCUUAAUCAAGAAAGUGCGGUUGCAGCCAAUAGUGUAAGCAAGUGGACUGGAACUGUUUAUUUGUUCUCACUGGUUGGAGCAUUCCUCAGCGAUUCAUACUGGGGCCGUUACUUAACCUGCGCAGUCUUUCAGCUAAUUCUUGUUGCGGGUUUGGGGCUAUUGUCCAUCACGUCUUGGCUCUUCCUGAUCAAACCAACAAAUUGUGGUGAUGGAGAAAUAGAUUGCAUGCCCACAUCCUCAGUUGGGAUAGCCAUUUUUUACUUAUCUAUUUACUUGGUAGCCUUUGGAUAUGGUGGGCACCAGCCUGCUCUAGCCACGUUCGGAGCAGACCAAUUUGAUGAUGCAAACCCUAAAGCAAACGGUUCGAAAGGAGCUUUCUUUGCCUAUUUUUACUUUGCACUCAACGCAGGAUGUCUUUUCUCAAACAGUAUUUUGGUCUACUACGAGGAUACUGGAAGAUGGACUCUUGGAUUUUUGGUGUCCUUAGGUUCUGCUGUUAUUGCCCUACUAUCAUAUCUCGUAGGGACUCGUGGAUAUCGGCACGUAAAGCCAUGUGGCAACCCUUUGCCACGUGUUGCUCAGGUAUUUACUGCUACUGCUAAGAAAUGGAACGUUGUUCCAGCCCACCCGAAUGACCUUUAUGAAGUGGAAGGAACAGAAUCUGCAAUUAAAGGGAGCAGGAAGAUUCUUCACAGCAACGAGUUAGAAUUUUUGGACAAGGCAGCAACAAUAACACAGACUGAUCUCCAUGGCCCAAAAAGUCCAUGGAAGCUUUGCACCGUGACUCAAGUUGAAGAAGCCAAAUGCGUUCUGAAAAUGUUACCCAUAUGGCUAUGCACAAUAAUCUACUCAGUCGUCUUCACGCAAAUGGCUUCUCUCUUUGUAGAGCAAGGCGAUGUGAUGAACACCAAGAUUGGAAACUUUCACCUUCCAGCUGCCAGCAUGUCUGUCUUCGACAUUCUCAGUGUCUUCAUUUGCACUGGACUCUAUCGCCAAGUUCUUGUUCCCCAUGCAGGAAAAUUAAGUGGGAAUCCCAAGGGCAUAACCGAGCUCCAAAGAAUGGGUGUUGGGCUAGUUAUUGGGAUGUUAUCGAUGGUGGCAGCAGGUGCCACUGAGAUUGAAAGGCUCAAACAUACAAGGCCUGAUCAAAAGAGUAGCUCCUUAAGCAUUCUAUGGCAAAUUCCACAAUAUGUUCUUGUUGGUGCUUCUGAAGUGUUUAUGUAUGUUGGUCAAUUGGAGUUCUUUAAUGGACAAGCCCCUGAUGGGAUAAAAAGCUUCGGAAGUUCGCUUUGCAUGGCUUCCAUUUCUCUUGGAAAUUAUGUGAGUAGCUUGCUGGUUAAUAUGGUCACGGGGAUUACUGCUAGAGGCAAUAAUCCGGGAUGGAUCCCAAAUGACUUGAACUCUGGCCACAUUGAUAGGUUUUACUUCCUGAUUGCAGUGCUAACAGCACUCGACUUUGUACUUUACUUGUUUUGUGCUAAAUGGUACAAGGGCAUCAACCUAAUUGAGGACGGCGAGAUGAAGGAAACUGGGAAUAAUAAGCAAGGACAAGAUGAUCAAGAUGGAGUGCAGAUGAACAGAGUCUAGUGAUCUCGAUCUUCUAGUACGACCUUUAGGUCAAAUCUGCAUAAGUUAAAACUUCCAGCCGCGGGCAUGCAGCUAUUGCAGUUGGUUUUAUCAAGACUACUUUUAGAAUGAACAAAAGCAAGAAGGAAGCCUGACCCUAAAUUAAGUUGACCACAUCAAUAAUUAGAUGACGUGUGCCUAGCUUGAUAAAUUGUAAGGUUUUGGUAGAGAUUAAUGUAAAUGCAUGGUACUACUUACAAAAUGCUAUAGCUUGUUUUCGA